GUCCUGGUGUAUCUGACAAUGUGUGCAGUCGAGAAGGAGUUGGAUUAGGAAAAAUCCAGUUCCAAACUGGGACACUACCAACUAAUAAUAUACUGCCUGCGUUCGUCAAUCUAGAGACGUAUGUGCGAGGUCAAAAACAAAGCCACGUGACCAUCUUUGACGAGAGCCUGAAAGUAACAAAGAUUUGGGGACUAUCUAUCACCUCGGCGAGCAGGACUUUCUUUUGGCCGGACUCCGGAGUGAGACAGUUCAGACUUGGAGGCGGACAGAUUUCUGACAUGUUGAAAUAAGUGAUACGGUUCAGUUCUGUCUGGAUCAGACGACUCAAGCACCAGCUGGUGGUCCCCCGACAUCCCAUACCCAGUAGCUCCUCACACCUCCGGGCCUCUGGAAAAAACAUCUCCAAACUCAAAGACUGAAAAGAAAAGUCAAACAGGAAAUUAAGCAGCAACCCCCCAUCCCCCCCCCAAAAAACCCAAAACAAAACAUUUUUCCACUCUCCACGGCUUGGCGUCUGAGCAAAGACGGGGUUACCAGAAGGCAACUUAAGCUGGAGUGGAGAGCUAGAUCUGCAUUGUUGCUGUUUUGACCUCCUCAAAUCAGCCACUGUCUCAUCUCAUUUCCUCACCUGUCACCUGUGUGGCGGUGUGGCGAGGGUGCAGGGUUGGCCCAGGCCGGGACAGGUCGAUGUCUCUGGGCAUCAGCAUGUCGCUCUGAAAAGGGGGUCUGGGGGGUGGCAGGACGCUCAACAGACACUGGUGAAGCUUGCUGAACACGCAGCCAGGCAAUGGGAAAGGAGCAGGACCUUCUUCAGGCAGUCAAAAGUGGAGACCUGCUCUCCACUCAGAAACUGCUGGCCAAGCUCAAAGCCAACAGAAACAAGUUGCUGGGCUCCUCCAAGAGACUGAAUGUCAACUACCAGGACUCAGAUGGGUUUUCAGCCCUGCACCAUGCUGCCCUCACGGGGACCACGGAGCUGCUGUCGGCACUGCUGGAGGCCCAGGCCACUGUGGACAUCAAGGACAGCAAUGGAAUGCGUCCGCUGCACUACGCUGCGUGGCAGGGCAAGGCCGACUCUGUGCUGAUGCUGCUGCGUUCGGGGGCCUCGGUAAACAGCAUGUCACAGGAUGGACACAUCCCUUUGCACCUGGCCGCCCAGUACGGACACUACGAUGUCUCAGAGAUGCUGCUUCAGCACCAGUCCAACCCCUGCCUGGUGAACAAAGCUAAGAAGACUCCGUUGGACCUGGCCUGUGAAUUUGGCCGAGUGAAGGUUACCCAGCUGUUGUUGAGCAGUAACAUGGUUGUGGCGCUCCUCGAAGGAGAGAGGAAGGAGCCUACAGACUCGGCCUUCACCACACCCUUGCACCUCGCCGCUCGCAACGGACACAAGGACAUCAUACGGUUGCUGCUGAAGGCAGGCAUCGAUAUCAACAAGACCACCAAGGCGGGCACCGCCCUCCACGAGGCCUCCCUCUAUGGGAAGACGGAGGUGGUCCGACUGCUGCUAGAUGCUGGGGUGGAUGUGAACAUCCGAAACACCUACAACCAAACGGCCCUGGACAUCGUCAACCAGUUCACCACCUCCCACGCCAGCAAGGACAUCAAGCAGCUCCUACGGGAUGCGACAGGUGUUCUGCAGGUGAGGGCUCUGAAAGACUACUGGAACCUCCAUGACCCCACUGCCCUCAACAUUCGCGCUGGUGAUGUCAUCAUGGUUCUUGAGCAGCACAUGGACGGGCGCUGGAAGGGACACAUUCACGACAGCCAGCGAGGCACCGACAGGGUGGGAUUCUUCCCCCCAUCAAUUGUGGAGGUCAUCAGCAGACGAUCUGGGGGCACCCUGUCCCGGCACGCCUCUCUGCCCACCCAGCGCCAGCAGCUGCCCUCCAGAGCCCCCCUCACCUCCAGCCUCAGCUCUGCCCCCCAGACCGACGACUCCUACACUCUGUAUGCUCCAGCCGCGCACACCAAUGGCUUGAGUUCCAACCCAGGUCUGUCUCCGAGCUGCAUCUCUCAGCCUGGGUGUCCCCUUGAGGACAUUUGGGUGCUCAGGAACUCAUGCAAUGGAGACAGGAACAGCGUGGGGAGCACUGGUAGUGUGGGCAGCACCCGUAGUGCUGGAAGUGGACAGAGCACCGAAAGCACCAGUGCACCAAAUGGACUGCACCAUAUUGCUGCUCACAAUGACACUGCCAACAAGCCGGUGCCCUCUGCUGGUGAUUCGGGACACCCAGACCCCAACAAACAGCCUGAUCCCACUGCAGGAGGGACUCCUCGGAGGCAGGUGGUGACCAUGCAGAGACCAUCGGAGCAGGGCUUCUCACAACAGUUUGUCCGUCCUCAGCAGCUACUGGACGGCAAGGAUGCAGAGGCCAUCUUCCAGUGGCUGAGUGAGUUCCAGCUGGAGCAGUACACUGGGAACUUCAUCAAUGCUGGUUAUGAUGUACCCACUAUCAGCAGAAUGACUCCUGAGGAUCUGACUGCCAUAGGAGUCACCAAGCCAGGACACCGAAAGAAAAUCUCCAUAGAGAUAAGCAACCUCAAUAUCCCUGAAUGGCUGCCAGAGUACAUCCCAUCUGAUCUGGGGGAGUGGCUAAGCACCAUUGGCCUCCCUCAGUACCAUAAGAAGCUGUCAGAAAAUGGCUAUGACUCCAUCAGUAUUGUGAGAGACCUCACAUGGGAGGACCUACAAGAGAUAGGGAUCACUAAGCUGGGCCAUCAGAAGAAGCUGAUGUUGGCUGUGAAGAAGCUGUGUGACAUCCAGAGGUCAAUCCUGCAGGCUGAGACGGGCCAGGGCACAUUACGUCGCAAGACCCCCGGCGCCCUCCACCUGGUCGCCAUUGAGCCCCCGGAAGCCACAUCCGGAGGAGAAUGCUCGUCCCCACACACCCCAAAGAUGCUGACCUUCCAGGACAGUGAGCUGAGCACCGAGCUGCAGACAGCCAUGUCCAGCCACUAUGGUGGGUGCCAGGAAGGGCUAGCCAUCAAAAAUGCUGUAGGUAUUUCUCAGAGUCAAGAGAGCAUUGAUGCCCGCUCUAGAGGUUCUGGACGCUCCCAAGACCCCCCUACCGCCUCCAUCAACCCCCACAGCCGGUCUCAGGAGAGUCUGGGAAGCACAAGUCUGGAGGGAAGCCCCGCAAAGGAAAGAAACAUCCCGGAAGGAUGGGACCAGAGGCCCGGUGCCAAACUGGUGCCCCUGGGCACGGCCACAGUGUUCAAGUACCCAUCCAUCCCAGCCAAGCCCAAAGCCCCGGGCUCCCCAGCCCAGAAGGGCUUCAGCUAUCUGCACUCCCAUUGUGGCUCCACAGACAUGGAGCACAGUGAGGCCCGAAAACCUCUGGACCACUCCCUCACCCUGGUUCCAUCCAAGAAGCGCACGCAGAGCCUGACGCGUUAUGCCCUGUCAGAUGGCGAGCCAGAUGAGGAAGACGAGGAAUCCACUCCUCCCUCCGGCAGCCUACCGUCCUACGCCACGCUAACCCGCCGACCAGGCCGCAGUCAGCUGGCACGUCUACAGUCCAGCCCAGAAAAGAAUGGUGUCGUGGGGCGGAGUCAGUCUUUUGCUGUGCGUGCUCGGAAAAAGGGUCCCCCUCCUCCCCCGCCCAAAAGGCUGAGCUCUGUGAGUAGCAACACCAACGUUGAGCUGCCAGACAGCAGCAUGGUGCCAUCAGCUGGUGUCAUAGUGACAGACAGCCCAGGGAGCGUUAGGAGCAUCAUGGCCUCUCUGGAGAUGUCAGCCGAAGGGAGGAACACUUCGGUCCCUAAACUAGACUUGCUCCAGCAGGAGACACCUCUCCCUUUCCCCAACCCCACGGUUCUGGGAGCCAGAGAGGCUGCAGGAGUACGGAGGAGGGUGCAGAGCGAGUGUCUUACAGUCCAGAACAACGGCCCUGACCUGGACCAGGACAGAGGGUUGAAAUCUGACUCGGAGGAGGAGGAAUCGAAAGGUCGCAGCCUAGAAAGCUCUUCCUCCCCUCAGAACAGCUCCAGUGAGUGCAUCCCCUUUGCCGAGGAGGGAAACCUCACCAUCAAACAGAGGCCCAAGGUGGGAGGGCCGCCGAGGGCCGAGGCUGUGGUCGAGCCUCCAGACAAGGAACCCGCCAAGCCCCUGGAGGUGCCGGAGUUUAACCUGAAAGAGUCAGAUACGGUGAAGCGUAGGCACAAGCCUAAGGACAAAGAGCAGCUGGGCACCUCUCCCACCAGGGAAGGAGGAGAACCGGAACUGGACACCAUUGUCCAGUCACAGAACCAGGAGGAGGUCAGCCUCAGGAUCAGUGAGGCCAGUCUGGACAGACUGGCGACUCCCCCUACAGGAUCCCCCAUCAAACCUCCUGUCUCCCCCAAACCACCCGCUCCCGCCCCCAAGCCUGUCCGCCACAGCCUGCUAGCAGCACAGGCUGCAGCAGCAGCUGCAUCUCCGGGUGUGAUGAUCAAUGUGGUCCAAAGCGUCGCCUUCGCCUCGCCAUCCACUCCAACCCACAACCCCCCGCCGCUCGUCCCUCAGAGCCACCCGGCAAUAGCAGCCAAGCCCCAGGUCUGUGUGGUGGGCCCAGGCUUAGGCCCUGAAUCUGCCCCUGGGCCCGUGGUGGUGCAGCAGAGACUGGAUCACACCAGCACGUCUCUGGAAGCAGCUCUGAAGGCUGUGGAAAGGAAGCUCACCCUGGAGGACAACUCUGACGGGGGAGCCAACACAGUGAAAUCUGCAGGGACCAUUCUAGAUGACAUUGGAAACAUGUUUGAUGACUUAGCGGACCAGCUGGAUGCCAUGUUGGACUGAACCAUCUUGUUAUUCCACUAUCAAACAAAAACACUACCAACACCCCAUUUCCUUCCCCAAGGAAGUCAACCCAGAAAACAAGUGAGAGGGAUGCAAGCCUUUGUGCAGCAAGGUGCUGCAACCCCCUCACGGCUUUAUCAUUGAACUAGAUGCUAAAGACAAGUGCACUGGUCUCUUGAAGUUGAUGCAUGGAUUAAGGAGUUUAGAAUAGACCAACCGACCAUGUCUGUCUAUCUUUCUCACCUUCAACACCAGCACUUAAACUUUGCUCCAAGCCCACCCAGGGCUGAGACAUUUCUCACACCAGGACACUAGAGGGAAAAAAAUGGUCCCCUACUGGAGUUGGUCCCUGGGCACUGCACUAGCGGCUGCCCACGGCUCCUAGCUACACAGCUAGGAUGGGUUAAAUGCAAAGGAAGAAUUGCCCCACGGGGAUUAACAAAAGUAGUAAAAAAAAUAUUACCAUUGGAUCCUCAGCGCUGGAUAGUUGUUUUAGCAGCAGUGGGUCUUUGAGUUGAUCCUUUCAGAGGUGUCUUGUACCUUUUGGUGUUUCAUUCCCUCCUCACAUCACCGUGCCUUUUUGCCACUCUUCGGUCAAACAUGAAUCAACUCGGAUGCUCAAAUAGACUGUGUUUAUGUCUAUCCAGCAAGUGAGACACUGGAGGAAAGCUGUACAGGGGAACAAGUGGUUGGAGUCGUGGUUUAUUCCCAGCCUGCUGUGAGGAACUAUUCCUUAGCAGGUGAUAAACUAUACAAUACUAUUUGUUUUAUGAAGCUAUAUCGGUCAAAUGACCUGCUUUGUCUGUUGACUUAAUAAUUAAGGCCGACCAUUUCAAGUUUUACCUUUGUUAUACUUUCUUUAUUGAAAAAAAAACAAAACAUGUAUACCAAGUGAUCUUGGCCAUGUUGCUUCUUCCGGAAGGCUUUGUACCAUCAUGUUUCUACUAUCAAAACUGACCUUUUGUAGGGAUCCAGAAAAGAUCAGCUGAUGUAUAUGUAAUCUCUGAGUUUAUGCAGACAUGUUAAACACGUAAACAUGCUCAAUGGUAUUGUUUAUACAAAAGUAAAAUGUCCUUUAAAAAGCAUGUUUAGCUAUUGUCAUUUCACAGUGUUUGCAUUAACAGUGAAUAAGUAGUUAUCUGUACAGUUGAGGAUGGCAUGUCAGGAUGUCAGUAAUAUACAUAACUAUUUUUGGGAAAGUGUUAAUUUUAGUCAGGAUAGUAUUUAAAAUAGAGUUACCUAAAUAUGUAUAUUGUAUACUAGAGGUAUAUACAGGAAUGAAUUCAUAUUCAACCAAAGUUAUUUGUACAGAUUUUCUGAAAUAGUUUCAUUCUUUUCCCUCCUCUUAUAUUUCCUUAAAAAUGUAGAAACCCGAUGUGUCAUUUUCCCUGCUAGUGUAAUAUGAAUUUAAAAAAGUGUAAAAUUAUAUUUUACUCAGUUACUCUAAGACUUUCAGAGGCCUCUUUUCCUUGUCUAGCCUGCGUGCUAUGAAUAUACAGCAGCCUCCAUAUUUGGCAUGUUACUGUUGCAGUACUUCAGAUGGUGGAAGUGGAAGCGGUGCUUGAGUUGUCCUCUGUGUUAUGAACGUCUUCAUGUGUAGUCUUCACUACGAAUCCUGACAUGUUUUGCUGUCCUGUGAAUGAAUAGCUUACCUCUGUGUGAAUGUGGUCCUCUGGAUCUCUCCUUUCUCUGUGACACUCAGGAAAAAAAGAAAAGAAAAACUAUGGUUCAGUCUCUGUCGUCGAGGCAUGAACGCCUACCUUUAUCAGACAGUUUGUGCUGUGACCAGCCCCUCCACGUUCUCACACGGCGUCACUAAAGGCCUUUAAACUGAGACUGAACUGAAUGACGGCCAGUGUAAAAACAGACAAUGUAGUGGCACCGUACACACUACAAUGACUUGUGGAUGUGUGUUUGUGUGUGUGCGGUGCGCGACUGUGUGUGCAUGUGUGCGAGUGCGUGCAAGUGUGCGUGUGUGUAUGUGUUAUGCUUUUGUCCAUUGUAGUAAUGUUAUGGUCUAUGUGUCCCUUGCUCUUUCCAGCUGUAUCAUUUGUUAAGUAACCGUUAACCAUUAAAUAUCUGUCCCGUUACUGAGAGGACUCUUCCUCUU